AGUGGGUGCCGGGCACAUUUUUUGUGGCCUCCAACGUCAACUCCUGAGAAAGGGAGGGGAAGAGAGGAGAAGGAGAGAAAGCGAAUGAUGGAGGGAGGUUGAGUGAUUAUGUGUCAAAAGAGGGGAUGUUAAGGUAGACUGCUACUUAAAAAGCUCUGGCACUGUGUCCAAAAAGUCCACGGGUUCAGGACUCAACUCAGGCAAGUCACCCAAGUGCAGCUUCAACAAAAAGAGAGGGGGAAACCGAAAACAAUUCAGAGAGUAAAUAAACACAGAGCGUGUUUGCAGCAUGUUUCCUGCAUUGAGUUGUCCAGAGCAUACAGUGGGCAAAGAAUAGGAAGCAAUCGCCCUGUCUCAUCUGUCCUGGCUGUGCUGCACUUAAAACCACGGAAGCUUUUUUUGGCAGACGGCAUUGUGAGCAUAAUGUCAUAGAAGAGUUCUCCCUGGAGCGACGCAUCAGCCACAGAAGAAGUGAAGGGAAAGGAAGGUGCGGAAAAAGAAAAAAAGGCAUAAGUUGAACUCGGAGAACAAGAAAACCUGCUGGAGAAAAGAAAUAAUCCUCAGAAAAGUCUUCUGAGGAGAGAACUUCUCACCUGACCUGUUUCCAGUGGAGUACGCCAUUCUUUUUUUUUUCCAGACAUUCUGUCCAUAACCUUCAGCCACCUUUCCUGGCAUGGGCUGGCUGCUGGCUCUGGGGUCGCUGGCAGUAGCAGUGGCAGUGGCAAUUGGCUCAGAGAGGAAGAAGCACCAGGUGCAGCAUGGCCCCUGCAGCUACACUUUCAUCCUGCCAGAGGUGGAGCAGUGCCAGGCCCGGGACUUUCAGGUGACCAACUCCCUGCAGAGGGAUUUGCCCCUGCCCCCAGAGACAGCUCGUGCUGAGCCCACCUGGCAGGAGAGAAAGUUGGAGAGCCUGGAGAGUGCUACUGAGAACAACACACAGUGGCUGCAGAAGCUGGAGAACUACAUCCAGAAGAAUGUGCAUUCAGAGAUGGUGGAGAUACAGAGGAAUGCCAUUCAUACACAGACGGCCACCAUGCUCGAGAUAGGAACCAAUCUUCUCAGCCAAUCAGCAGAACACACACGCAAGCUGACAGAUGUGGAGACUCAGGUUCUGAACCAAACAAGUCGUCUGGAGAUCCAGCUGUUGGAGUACUCUCUCUCUACCAACCGCCUAGAGAAGCAGCUCCUGCAGCAGACCCAGGAGGUCUCCCGCCUCAAUGACAAAAACAGCUACCUGGAGCAGCGCUUUGCAGCUAUGGAGGCCAAACACAGCCAGGAGCUGCAGGUCAUCCAGCAGGAGAAGCAGCAGCUGCAGGAGCUGCUGGACAGACAGAGCCGCCUGGUCACCCUGCUCGAGGGACAGCUGGCCAGCUCCACCCGCAACAGCACUUUGCUCCAGCGCCAGCAAGCUACUCUGUCAGACACAGUACAGCGGCUACUGGCCCUGGCCACUCAUUGCAGUGCAGAUAUUACCAGUCCCUCUAAGGAGAAGACGGAAAUCUUCAGAGAUUGCGCUGACGUGUACAGGUCUGGGAUUACAGAGAAUGGAAUAUACAGCAUUCAUCUCACCAAUAGCUCACAGACAGUUAAGGUGUUCUGUGAUAUGAAGACCAGAGGAGGAGGCUGGACUGUUCUUCAGCAUCGCUUUGAUGGCUCAGUGGACUUCCACCGUAGUUGGAAGGAGUACAAAAUGGGAUUCGGAGACCCCUCGGGAGAGCACUGGCUAGGAAAUGAUGUCAUUCACCUGCUCACCAUAUCCCAAGACUACACGCUGCAGGUCCAGCUCAAAGAUAUGGAGGGAAACCAGGCCUACGCUCAGUAUGAUCACUUCCACAUCGAGGGAGAGGAAAAGAAGUACAGUGUCUAUGCUCAAGGUUUCAGUGGUACAGCUGGACGCAUCAGCAGCCUGACCCACUCUGGCACCAUGUUCAGCACUAAGGACCAGGACAAUGACCGCUGCAGCUGCAAGUGUGCCCAGAUGGCCUCAGGGGGAUGGUGGUUUGAAGCCUGUGGACCAUCCAAUUUGAACGGAAUCUACUAUGAUGGAAUCUCAACCGUAAGGCGUUACAAUGGCAUCAAAUGGUAUUACUGGAAAGGGCCGAGCUUGAUGGCAACCAUGACGACAAUGAUGUUGCAUACCUGCUCAGGAUGGCACCAGUCACAUACGCGAGCUCCCUCCGUCGCGCCAUGUACAAUGCAUAUUCAUUAACAGCUCAUUUGUGACAGAGUACACAGAAAGAAGAGCAUAGCCAUGCCCAUAACUAUUCUCAUUACAGAACAGUUCGACAGGAGCAUGCUGUCCUACCAAUGACAGCAGCUUCCCACAGAGGAUGCUUGCAGAACACUGAUGCUUUCUACACUCUCCUAGCAGUGGAAGAAUUUUGUUUCCUUCAUCCUGUGAUGCUUAUCACGAUCCCAAGGUAGCAUAAAAGAAAGUGCAAAAUUAAUUAGAAAUUCUAUGCAUACGCCAAUAUAUAUGCAUAAUUCAAUCACUGAUAUAAAGUUGUAUGCAAAAGUAUGGGUGCCCCAAUCAAAUCACAUGUUGAUUUUCUAAGUGAACAUAGUGGCCUGUGCAAAAGUUAUAGUGCAAUUUAUAUUUUGUCUUUUAAAAUUUGCAGAAAGAUGGCAUAUUGAAGUGUAUUGGCUAUAGAGGAUACUAAAUUGAUAAUGUUAACUUUAUAAUGUUAACUUAAUUUCACUUAAAAAAUCAAACGAGGAUGGUGUGGUGUGAAAUGGUUCAUUGUAGAGGAACUUAUCAGACUGGAUUUUCUUUAAAGUGUUGAUGGUAGGAACUAUGUCUACAACACAAAUAUAGACAUUUAAUUUACUAUCCAAAACAACUCAAAGGUAGUUCAAGACUUCAAGACUUAGUAAAGACAAUGGUUCUAUAUAAAACCAUGAACACUCAAAGAACCUUUUGCAUGCUUAAAUGGUUAUUUGCAUGGUAAAAUGGUUCUUCAGAUUGAUGGAGAACGUGUUUUAAAUUGUCCACACUGAAAGACUUUGAUUACAUUUUAUCGAUUUAAUUAUAUAGAAAUUUUGGGAAAUCAGUGAAAUGUUUCUUAAAUGAAAAACGUGCAGCCUUGACACAGGCCACAGAAGUGUUUUAUUCUGAUGGGAGUCCACAACCAACUAUUUAUUAAACUUGCUGUCUCCUUUUGAAUACCUCCCACAUCUUUAUUGAAAUUAAGAAGGAUAAAUAAAGUUGUUGGUAUGACCUCUGAGCCUUGCUGAAUGCUAAAAUUUGGAAAAAAGGAUGCACAACAUUGGUAUACAAAAGUUAUUCUCCCUCUGUCUUGCUUAGUUAUCUGCGCUGCUUUCAGGGUACAGAAAGAUGACAAAACUCAGAGUCUUGGGCUUGUCAAACUCCAAUCCACUACACCACCAAACUGUCAAUCAGAAAGAGUGAAGGGAGGUAAAGUGAAGCUUAUGUUUGGCUGUAUAUGUGUUGAAAAAUGAACAGCAUUGCUACCAAUACUGUGAGUCCAUCAGCACAUGGGGGAUCAUGUAGGCCAUGCUGAUUAAAAUGCAUGAAGAGCGUGCCCCCGAACAGAGGCUGCUGGUUAGCAUUAUUGCUGCCAUUUAUAAUUCCAGUACAGAACACCAAUAAUCACAAUUUAUUAAGAAAUGAAUUUUAAUUACCAUUAUUUCAUUAAGCACUGCAAACAACCCGCCCCGUAUGCUCUCUCCACACAAACCACAUCAGGAUUCCAUCAGGAAGGCUCAAUUAGGACUAAUUAGUGCUUUGACAUUUGCAGGUUUUAUUUUCUCUGUGCCUCUGGGGAUUAAGAAGGUACAGGAACUGAGAUGGAAAGUUUUCCAUAUGGAGAACAAAUAUUCCAUAUCUCUGCCACUCCAAGAAGAAAAGUUAAAACUCCUGCACUCACCUUACAGAGAGAGGCAUAAUUAUGUGCACCCAUGAGAGCUCAUAUAAAAAACCCAAAUAAAUAACACUGUAGCCUUCAUAGGACCCUGUCUGCAUUCACUCGAGCACUCAAGAAUUUGUCGACUGUCAGUUUUUCAACUGACCCAGUCAAAUGUGACAAGCUCAUUCAGUGUAGCUACAAAUAGAGUUUAAAGUAUGAAAAUAGGCUCAAUAACUUCAAAAACAUCUGACCAGACUUUCUGAACUUUCUGCUCAGUCUGUUUUUUUUUUUUUUUUUGUAUAAUACAUGUAUGAAUACUUGAUGAAUACUUGUCAAUAAAGAAGAAUGGACCUGC